AUACCUCCUACAAGGGUAGUUCAGUUACAUUAAGGCCAGCAGGGAUUGUGUAUCACCAUCUGCCUCUGUCCAGGUCCCCUCUCCCUCCUCCUGCAGCCGUUCCCUGCUCUGACUGAACGUUCACCCACCAUGGUUCAAGGCACCGAGGGCUACCGGUUCAGGAACUGGGCUAAUACCUACAGUUGCCAGCCAGAGCUGUACUUCGAGCCCGUCUCUGUGGAGGAGUUGCAGCAGAUCCUGGACCUGGCCAAGCAGCGCAGCAAGCGUGUGAAGAUCGUGGGCUGUGGGCACUCGCCCUCGGACAUCGUGUGCACUGACGACUACCUCAUCAGGCUCAACCAUCUCAACAAGCUGAUUAAGGUGGAUAAGGAGAAGCAGCAAGUGACAGUGGAGGCAGGAAUGGUGCUGUCUGACCUGAACGAGGAGCUGGCUUCGCUCGGACUGGCGCUGUCCAAUAUCGGCGCAGUGUCCAACGUGUCUGUCGCUGGAGUGAUUGGAACUGGCACCCACAACACCGGCAUCAAGCACGGCAUUCUGGCAACCCAGGUGGUGUCUCUGACCCUGAUGACCGCGGCCGGUGAGGUUCUCGAAUGCUCGGACUCCGUGAACCAUGAGAUAUUCCAGGCUGCCCGGCUGCACCUCGGUGCGCUGGGGGUGAUUCUCACCGUCACCAUCCAGUGCAUGCCGGCCUUCCACAUUCAACUCCAGCAAUUUCCGAAAACUCUGACAGAGGUUCUGAAUGAGCUGGACAUUCACCUGAAACAGACAGAGUACUUCCGUUUCAUCUGGUUUCCUCACACAGACAAGACCACAGUUUUCUACGGCGAUCACACGGACAAGCCAAUCAAGACCACUUCCAACUGGCUGUGGGACUAUGCCAUCGGCUAUUACCUGUUGGAGCUGCUUCUGUGGAUCAGCACCUUCUUGCCCUGCUUGUUGCCCUGGGUCACCCGCUUCUUCUAUUGGCUGGUUUAUUCAGCAAAGGUCACACAGGUCAAACGGAGCGACAAAGCUUUCAACUUUGAGUGCCUCUUCAAGCAACACGUAUCGGACUGGGCCGUCCCCAUUGAGAAGACGGGUGUGGUGCUGGGGCAACUGAGCGAGUGGCUGGACAGAAAUCCUGACGUGCGGGUCCAUUUUCCGGUCGAGGUCCGGUUUGUUCGUGCUGAUGAGAUUUUGCUCAGCCCCUGCUACAAGCAAGACAGCUGCUUCAUCAACAUUAUCAUGUACAGACCCUAUGGGAAGGAAGUUCCCCGCGAGAAGUACUGGGCGAUGUAUGAAGAGAUCAUGAGGAGGAACGGGGGGAGACCACACUGGGCCAAGGCCAACAGCUGCGUCCGCAAGGACUUUGAAAACAUGUAUCCUGCUUUCAAGAAUUUCUGCAGCAUCCGUGAGAAGCUGGAUCCUUCAGGCAUGUUCCUCAACAACUUUCUGGAAAAAGCCUUUUUCUAAGAAUUAAUGGUUUUGUCUCUCCCUCAAUAAACAAAGUUAUUGGUGACCGUU